GUACUUGGCAACUCGGGCCGUCCCCUGUCAAUCUGUUGGAACCGAAGUCGCCCUGUUUUCCCGGGCACACCACACGCAUCGGUGCUGAUCUCCGAAUAAUUAGAGGGCCAAUAUGUUCACUUCUUCACCCCACCUUGACAUCUCCCUGCAACAAUAGCCCCCCAUCAUUUACACACAUCUCGCCAUGGGACUCACUGCGGCCGACAAGAGCUCGGGAACCGUUGAUAUUGCCGUCGCGGAUGGACAGCAUGAAACCCCAGUCGACUCUUCUCGGGAGAGAGCGGUGGGGGCCGCGCCUCAAGCUUGCCACUUCGACAGGGCACUGUGCCUGAAGAUCGACCGGCACCUCCUCGUGCCGUUUGUGUUCCUGAACUUCCUGUCCCUUAUGGGCCGGACCAAUAUCGGGGCGGGUCUGAUCCAGAAGCUGCCGCAGGACUUGCAUCUCGGCCCCAUGGAGGUCUUCCUGUGCAUCUCGAUCCCCGUCGUCCCGUUGAUCCUGCUGGAGAUCCCCAGCAACCUGUUGAUGCGGGCGCUUGAGAAGAAUUAUGGGCUGGGCUAUAUGAAAUACCUCAGCGCCAUUACCAUUUUGCUCGGCGUUGUGACGCUGGGCCAGGCCUUCGACCAGACCUACGGUGCGAUGCUAGCCACAAGAUUCCUUGUCGGGGUCUUCGACGCGGGGCUCAUCCCAGGCGCGGUUUAUGUCUGCUCGCUCUACUAUCCGGGCCAGCACCUGCAGUGGAGGCUCAGCAUGCUCAUGGUGGCAAACAUAUCGUCCAACAUCGUGUCAAACAUCCUCGCAUACGCCAUCGCACAGAUUGACAGCGCCAACGGCUACCAUGGCUGGAGAUGGAUCUUCAUCAUCGAAGGCUGCCUCACAACGGCCAUUGGCCUGAUCUGUUGCUUCUCCACAGCCAGCCGGCCCGAAAAGGCGCGCUUCCUGACGGAGGACGAGAAGGGGGCCAUAGCAGCUGCCAUGUUGGCCGAGAGCGUCCCGAGCGCGGGGCUGGCAGCUGAAUGGGCGUCGUUCCUCUCCAACCCGCUCAACUACGUGUGGGCAUCCCUAUACGUCUUCACCUGUACGACUGCCUACUCGGUCGCCAUCUUCGCGCCGUCGUUUGUGCAGGCCUUCAACCCGACCUUCACCGUGCCCCAGGUCCAGGGGCAGGUGGUGCCCAUCUUCGUCGUGUCCGCCGCAGCCUGCCUGCUCGCAGCCUGGGGCGCCGACAGGCUUGACCACCGCUCCGGGUUUGCACUCGCCGGCUACCUAGCCACCAUCGUCGGGUACGCCAUCCUGCGUCUGCCGCGCGUCGUGAGCACGCCCGUCACCAUGCUCGCGCUGUAUCUAGUCGGCAUAGGCGUGUACGUCGCCCUUCCGAUGAUCUGGACCAUGACGUUGGUCAACCUGCCGACGCCGUUUCAGCGGGCAAUUGGGUGCGGCUUCGUCGUGGGCGUAGGUAACGUAGCUGGCUUUGUCUCUGCCUGGAUCUUCCGCACGAGCCAGGCGCCCAGGUACAGGGCGGGGAUGCAAGAUGGCUUGAUCAUGACCAUCGUGGCGGCGGCUAUGUUGGCCGGCGCCUGGGCUUACAUGGUCGGGCAGAAUAGGAGGGCUGGGAAGGGUGAGUUGCACUCGGACGGAACCUCUGAUCCGGAGAAGAAUGGGGUUGGGGUUGGGACGUUGGGCAGACGAGCACCUUGGAAAUACCGGCCUUGAUCAAUUUCAGACCGGAGCUGUAGCGAUUGUCCUGAUGUCGUCAAGACUUUAUGGCAUGUUAGACUGCACCCGAAUGGCCCGGUUACUAUGAGAAGAAUCGACUACGGAUCUCCUCCAUCUGGAACUAGUAUGAGGCGCCUGCCUAUUGGGCAUCCUUUUAUCCUUCCAAUACCUCCAUGUAAACCCCAACUACCAAGGGCUAACAUAGACCCUUACGGAAUAAGCUAGAUUUUGGACUUUCUUGUCAGCAAGAGCUUUAGGAGGUUGUUAUUAUCAA